CACAUAUUGCCCAUUUAUUACUUCAAUAGCUCACGUGUGUGCCCAUACGGUGCAACCUGUAUCACAAAUAUAGACUACAGCUCGCACACUUGGACCAUAUUCACAUCAGAAAAUGUCGUCCUUCCACGCCGCGGCAAGCCGGCGAUGAUUGCCAUAUGCCAACGAACGGGUCGCAUCAUCUGCAUACACAAGUACAAGUGCCGGCGGCCAGAAUUCCCCCAGGACUGUACCAUUAUCAACUAUGGUGCUUUAAUCCUUACAUCAGGCCUUCUGGAGACUCAUGUGCAUCUGAAUGAGGCCGGUCGAAUUUCGCCGAAAGGGGUUUUCACCGGCAUCCAGGCUGAUGCAGCGGGUGGGAUAACGACGGUGCUUGAUACGGCACUGAAUUCGACACCAGAACGUGGUCAGUCAUCAUAGAAAAAUUCGCGCUGCUCAGGGAAAGUGUUGGGUGGUCGCUGGAUUCAUGGGUGGACUCAUUCCGGCAGCAAGAAAGACCUACGACCUAUGGUUCAAGCAGGAGUAUGUCGAUACAAAGGCUUACUCGUCGACAUCGGGGUUAGUUAAAGAACCCUUUCCAUUUUGACCGAUUAUCAUUAUCUUGCUAGAUUAGUAGGUGCCUUAAUUCCCCGAGUGUCGCCUUUAAAUAUCAAAGAAGCCAUGAUUGAGCUUGCAUCGCAGGCCACAAUGCUGAUGUUUCAUGCGGAAAUGACUCCAAUGGCGAAGCCCACUGGUGGCAAUAUUAAUAAGGAUCUCCGUGAGAAGGGGCCUCCGAUCUUGUAUCCCGAACCUUUACAGACCGACAUGUACCAAUACUCGACCUUUCUCACUAGCCGGCCCCCAGUGCUUAAGACGACCACCGUCCGUGAGCUCAUUCGUCUGGCAAUUGCGGUUCUCACACCACAUGUUUAUAUUGCACACGUGUCGUCAGCGGAGGUGCUACCGAUCAUCAGAAAUGCGCAGAAGCGUGGGAUCAACAUCUCCACCGAGGCCUGUUGUCAUUAUUUAACUCUGAGAGCUGAAGAAGUUCUCCUGCGUGAUACUCGGUUCAAAGACGAGCCGCCGAUUCGGAACAACAGGAACAGGAAGGAGCUGUGGCAAAGCCUAGCCCGAAGCUGGGACGAGCAUUGCUUGCCAGACGAGUCUUCUCCCUUGCUUCACCAGCCGAUUUCCGUGGUUGUUUCGAAUCAUUCUCCAUGUGGCAGCCAAACUUCUGCUGUCGUACAUUCUUCCGCAUGCUGACCCUCCUAUGUAUCACGGGGAGGUUAUAAGCCGUGCGAAUAGCGAUUUCAUGACCGCCUGAGGUGGCAUUUAGUCUCUUGGCCUGGGUCUGCCUCUGCUCUAGACUGAACUCUUCGCAGAGGGUCCACGUCCGACACCGAGAAGACCGACAGUCAGGGCACGACUGUCGAGAGAACUCUUCCUUAACUCAUGCAGUUACUCUCACAUAAUUCAACCAGGCUUGUUGACCACUAAAUGGGCCAAUUGCGCGUCGGCUAUGACGGAGACAUGCUGGUUUUCGAUCCCGACCGUUUUAGGGCCAUCGACUUGGCCGACUUAAAACCAGGCACAAAAUGAGUCCACACCAAGGACGUACGCUAAAGGGCAGAGGGCUUGAGACUUGGCUUCGCGGGAAACGCGUUUACAGCCUUCGUUCCGCCAAUGGGGAAUUUGGGCGAGACGGACAGUUCAAUAAUGGACCACUUGGCCAGCUUCUCUUGAAAUCGCGCAGGAAUUUGUAGGAGUGUGAUUGUCUGGUCACCAACGGUUGUGGGUGCGGGCUCGUACCUGCAACAGAAAGCGUUGGGCUUGGGGCCACAGAUGGUCACGGGGAAGUGUGGCCUUGCUUGGCUGAGAGCUUUUUUCCCGGCAUCACUAGCCACUAUUGUUGGUCCCUGGGAAACUCGGGAAAAAUCUCGCUGUAAAGGUGCAUAAGGUACCUGAGUUUCCCCGUGCAAGGGGUGAUAAUUUACAGCGAUGUUUUCGCUGUUAGCUGUUAUUGCAAGGGUCCUUGGCCGCGGUUUGGCCAAAGUUGGCCGUUGGGGGCCGUGGGCCGAAUAUCCAGGACCAAGCCUAGCUUCUUAAGUAAAAGAAGACUAGAGUCGCCCUUAUGCACAUUUCCUAUUUGUAUAUCGUCCUAGAAGUCAUUAA